CUUAGCUAAAUAAUCACACAUUAAUUCAACAUCGAUUAGGGUUUAUCAACUUGGAGAUCAAUGGAAUCCAACAGAUCUUUUUCUGCAGCUCUCUUCCUAUCUCUUAAUCUCAUGUUUUUUGCGUGUGUAAGUGGCUGCAACACUUGCUUGCCACCUAAGCCAAUCCCAAACCCUAACCCUAUUAGCAAUCCUACAAAACAUAGCUGCCCAAGAGACGCCCUAAAACUCGGAGUCUGCGCCAAAAUUCUAGAUGGUGCGGUCGGAACUGUCAUCGGAAACCCACCAGACACACCUUGCUGCUCAUUCCUUCAAGGGCUUGUCGACCUUGAAGCUGCCGUUUGUCUUUGUACCGCCAUUAAAGCUAACAUUCUGGGGAUUGAUAUUAAUAUUCCUAUCUCCUUGAGUUUGCUCAUCAAUACUUGCGGCAAAAAGCUUCCCUCUGACUUCAUUUGCGCCUGAUGAAUGUAACGGAUAGAUCCAGUAGUUUGAUUUGGUUGUACUUUUUUUCUUCUGUUUGUUUGGUCGGUCUCGUCUAAUUCAGUCCGCGAGUUCUUUUUGAUUUUAGUCUAAGAGUUUCGUAAUUUGGUUUAUGUAAGAAUUUAUUAUAUGUUUCACGCUAUUAGUUCA